UUGCGACGUCAUUGCGCAUCGGAGAAACUGGUUCUCCCGUCUUCAGCACUCCGGAUUUUAAGGUUCCGUUGUGCUCGCCGCCCAGCAUCACGGUUCGGCGCUUUUAAGAAUCUGCAGCGUGGAGGCUGCGCGGCCCCGCGGUGCAGGAAAAGCCCUGCAGGUCGUGUGUGAGGGAUGCUUCGGCCUCUGCACUCGACUGGGUGUGACAGGAAGCAGAGGCGUCGGCCUCUAGUUGCAGGGUGUCUCUAGCUACUGGACUCCGGGAUGCUUCCCUCGCACUCUCGCGAGGUUUCCCAGGGAUCCGGCACUGGGACGCAGCUUCUAAAAGUCCAGGAGCUCUUUCGAGCCAACUCAACAAACUAGGAAUCACAGAUCUUACAAGCUGAGUUCUGGCUGCUCCAGUUGGAAGCCCACAUGCCAAACUGCUCUGGAGUCGCCGGAGGCAUCCGCAGAUCCCAGCCUUGAGUGUGGACUGUGAUCUGCCUUACGGGUCACCUCACUCAGGAAACAGCGCUCGCACGUUGCAGCAGCUCCAGACCCCACUGCUACCGGAAAGUUACAGGUACCGGAACCAAGAAGACCAGCGCGGCCCAGGAAUCGCGUCUCUUGCAAAACCCACAGAUCUUCCUUUAAAAACCUCUAAGCUGAGGUUUAGGGUGCAUUUUUAACCAACAAAGGAAGGGGAAGAGAAAGACUCCAGCACACUGGAGAAUCGAGGAAAACUUCCCAGGAUGGUCUCCCACUCAGAGCUGAGGAAGCUCUUCUGUUCAGCGGAUGCAGUGUGCUUUGAUGUUGAUAGCACCGUCAUCAGAGAAGAAGGAAUCGAUGAGCUGGCCAAAUUCUGUGGUGUGGAGGCCGCAGUGUCUGAAAUGACACGGAGAGCCAUGGGAGGAGCGUUGCCUUUUAAAGACGCGCUCACUCAGCGCCUGGCACUGAUCCAGCCCUCUCGGGAUCAAGUCCAGAGGCUCCUAGCUGAGCACCCGCCACAUCUGACCCCUGGCAUAAGGGAGCUGGUAAGCCGCCUCCAGGAGCGCAAUGUCCAGGUGUUCCUCAUCUCUGGUGGCUUUAGGAGCAUUGUGGAGCAUGUUGCUGCAAAGCUCAAUAUCCCAACAACCAAUGUGUUUGCCAACAGGCUGAAGUUCUACUUUAAUGGUGAGUAUGCAGGUUUUGAUGAGAUGCAGCCGACAGCCGAGUCGGGUGGGAAAGGAAAGGUUAUUCGAUUUUUAAAGGAAAAAUUUCACUUUAAGAAAAUAAUCAUGAUUGGAGAUGGAGCUACGGACAUGGAAGCCUGCCCUCCUGCUGAUGCUUUCAUCGGCUUUGGAGGCAAUGUGAUCAGGCAGCAGGUUAAGGACAACGCCAAGUGGUACAUCACUGACUUCGUGGAGCUGCUGGGAGAACUGGAGGAGUGAGCUUGACUUCCUGCUCACUCAGAACAACUCCACCUUCUCAAAGCCACUCAGUUAGGCUCCUGGGAGAAUCUAGGAGACAGCUAUUUUUUUCUACUGUAGUUCCAAUAUUAAUAUGACUACUAAUUAAAUGGAGAAUUUUAUAUUCUGAA